AUUCAAGGUCCAUGGAGGACUCCAGUAGUUAAUGUUUCCUGCUGCAAUCUUCUUUUUCCAGCUUUCUUCCACAUCAGAUCACUCCCGACCCGGUUUUUGUUGACGUUUUUGACCCUUUUUCCGAGCUUUGACCAAUCCGAGAACAUAAAGUACAUCAUCGGCAUCGGCGGCGUAACCAACGGAGGGAAAACCAGCCUCACCAACCGCCUGAUCAAGAACCUGCCCAACUGCUGCGUGGUCCAUCAGGAUGACUUCUUCAAGCCCCAAGAUCAGAUUGAAGAUGGCUUUAAGCAGUACGAUGUCAUCACUGCUCUGGACAUGGACGCCAUGAUGAGUAGGAUCUACGCGUGGCUGGAGAACCCGGUGAAGUUUCAUGGCGUUAACACCCUGGACACAGAGAUGGUCCCAAAGUCUGACCACAAGGAGGAGGAGGAGACUCACAUCCUCAUUGUGGAGGGCUUCCUGCUUCACACCUACAGGCCUCUGAUGGACGUGCUAAACCAACAUUACUUUAUUUCCAUCCCAUAUGAAGAAUGCAAAAAGAGGAGGUGCUCUAGGAAGUCCACGGUGCUAGACUCCCCCGCCCUGUUCGAUGACCACAUCUGGCCAUAGACCUGCAACACAAGAACAUCUGUUCACUGUGAAAGAUUGAGAGCAGCUUUUUGUGAUUUCUAUGCAGAACACUGUUUGCUGAGCUGUGCACUAUUAAAUGACUUAC